AUAGAUAUAUAUCUAUAUAUAUAUAUAUAUAUAUAUAUAUCUAUAUCUACUUAAGCUACUGCUCUGACCUCCCUUGUUUUCAAUCAUCGAUGCCGGCCGCAGCUCCGACGAUCUGAUCUGUACUGCGAUUCUGGAAUCUCGGACCUUCAGUGGUUUUACGGCGGAGAAUGGAGACGGCCGACGUGUUCGGAUCGUCGACGGCGCCUCUGACGUGGCACGACUUCCUGGAGCGCAUGCGACAACCGUCCGCCGCCGAUUGUGUCAAAUCCAUCAAAAGUUUUAUUGUGUCCUUCUCAAACAAUGCUCCUGAUCCAGAAAGGGACAGUGCCGCUGUACAGGAUUUCCUUAACAAUAUGGAAGCAGCUUUCAGAGCUCACCCACUUUGGGCUGGUUGCUCAGAGGAGGAGUUAGAGAGUGCUGGUGAAGGUUUGGAAAAGUAUGUGAUGACAAAGUUAUUUACCCGAGUAUUUGCUUCACUUCCAGAUGAUGUAAAAGUUGAUGAUCAACUUCAUAAAAAAAUGGCUUUACUUCAACAAUUCAUUCGGCCAGAGAAUUUGGAUAUUAAGCCGACUUUUCAAAAUGAAACAUCAUGGUUGCUUGCGCAGAAAGAGCUGCAAAAGAUCAAUAUGUAUAAAGCACCAAGAGAUAAACUUGUCUGUAUCCUCAACUGUUGCAAGGUCAUCAACAACAUACUGCUAAAUGCUUCUAUUGCUUCGAAUGAGAAUCCUCCUGGAGCUGAUGAAUUUCUUCCAGUUCUUAUUUUUGUUACUAUAAAGGCAAACCCCCCUCAACUGCACUCGAAUUUGCUGUAUAUACAACGGUACAGGCGUCAAUCUCGAUUAGUUGCAGAAGCAGCAUAUUUCUUCACGAACAUGCUCUCGGUGGAGGCCUUCAUUUUGAGUAUUGAUGCAAAUGCCCUUUCAAUGGAUGAAACUGAGUUUGAAAAGAACAUGGAAUUUGCUCAAGCACUUCUUUCAGGCCUUACAAUAGAUUCAGAUGAUCUGUUCAAUCAAAGUGAUAGAAAACAUCAGAUGCCUUCAAUGCAACCUCAUUUUUCACCCGAACUGUCUGAAACGAAAUCUGGGAAUAAGCAGGAAAUAUAUGCGAAACAGUUAUCACUAUCCAAUGAUCCAUCUAUCUCAGAUCUGGAGAACAAAGGGGCAAGUAUGCUUUUGAAGGAGGAUCAGGUUAGCAAAGUCUUAAGGGAUUUCCCAUACUUGUUCUCCCAAUCCGGGGAUCUAACAGUCAAUGAUGUGGAAGACUUACUAAACAAUUACAAAGCUCUCGUUUUCAAGUAUAUUUGUCUUUCUAAAGGAUUGGGUGUUGAAACUCCAAUUCCUUUGUUCAUUUCACAAAGUCAAUCUGAACUCCAUUCUGAGACCAUGAAGGAAUCUGAAGAUAACAGAGCAGCAGAGAUGAAUAAUGAAACAAACAAUGAUACCGGUAGGACAGUUGAUGAUUCAGAUGGUCUUACAUUGUUCAGAGUAGAAAAUUCUGAAUCCAAGUUGCUGCAAGAUGAAGCAGUCGAAUCACAAGGUGAGAAAAAUGAUGAGAUUUCGCGAUGACAAAUCUCAUAUCAUGUUAUCAAUAGACAUGUUAACGUUUCAAUGCAAUGGUGGCUGUCGGUGCUUUUCUGUGAUAUCCUUGCUUUUUGUGACUAUCAUGUCUCUAUGUUGUGUAUUUAUUCCAGUAAGGUCGUCUGUAUGUUGUGUAGCAAUCAGAAACUAUCAUCUCUCGCUACUUUUUCUUUUAAAAUCGAGAGCGAUAGGAACAGUGAAUGCUGAAAUCAGAAAGAAACAAGAUUUGGCAUUUCAACUGAGAAAAAUAUAGAGAAGUUGUAUUUCCAUAAAGAUGCAAAUUUGCCCCAAUGAAGAUUUGACAGCACUUGAAUCAC